CAGGAGUACACGGGUCGCUAGUGAGAACAACUGUUGUGUAAAGUACUUACUUUCAAACGGCUAAUGAUGACAGGACCAAACGAAUUUAAGCUGAACCAGGGGCCUGAUGAUAGCAUCUCUGCUGUGAAGUUCAGUCCCAGCUCCUCCCAGUUCUUACUGGUGUCCUCCUGGGAUUGCACUGUCCGUCUCUAUGAUGUCAGCGGGAAUUCCAUGAGAAUGAAGUACCAGCACUUGGCACCUGUGCUUGACUGUGCUUUCUAUGAUCCUACUCAUGCCUGGAGUGGAGGGUUGGAUAAUCAGUUGAAAACACAUGAUCUAAACACAGACCAAGAUACAAUUGUAGGCACACACGAUGCACCCAUAAGAUGUGUAGAAUACUGUCCAGAAGUCAAUGUCAUGGUAACAGGCAGCUGGGACAUGUCAGUCAGACUUUGGGACCCGAGAACGCCAUGCAAUGCAGGCACCUUUACCCAGCCUGAAAAGGUUUACACACUGUCUGUGGCUGGUGACAGGCUAAUUGUAGGAACGGCUGGCAGGAGGGUGUUGGUUUGGGACUUAAGGAACAUGGGCUAUGUUCAGCAGAGGAGAGAAUCCAGUCUUAAAUACCAAACACGCUGCAUCCGUGCCUUCCCCAACAAGCAGGGCUACGUCCUGAGUUCCAUUGAAGGCCGUGUGGCUGUGGAGUACCUGGACCCCAGUUUAGAGGUGCAGAAGAAGAAGUAUGCCUUUAAAUGCCACCGGCUGAAAGAGAACGGCAUCGAACAAGUUUAUCCGGUCAAUGCCAUCUCUUUCCACAGUGUUCACAACACGUUUGCCACAGGCGGCUCUGAUGGCUUCGUCAACAUCUGGGACCCUUUCAAUAAGAAGCGGCUAUGUCAGUUCCACCGUUACCCGACCAGCAUUGCGUCCCUGGCCUUCAGUAAUGACGGCUCCCUCCUGGCCAUCGCCUCCUCAUACAUGCAGGAGCAGGGCGACAUCUCCCAUCCUGCAGACGCCAUCUUCAUUAGACAGGUCACCGAUGCUGAGACCAAGCCCAAGUCGACGUAAAUCCACAAGGACGGUUUCUUCAGGGUCUGUUUCCGUGUCGUCCUGAGGCUUUCAGAGUGUUCGCAAGAUCCACUGGCAUCCAGUCGAGCUGAAAUGCUUCCCCUCCACUGUUUGUGGCUCAUUUAGGUUUUAAUUUUGAUUGUUCAGUUUGAUUUUGUAUACUUGUUAUCCUGACCCCUUCUGUAAAUAUACCAUUUUCCUGUUUUUACUGUUUUCUUUAAGAUUUGGUUUUUGUUUUUGCUCAUUUUUUUUGUCUUGCGUAAAUUGUCUGUGUUCCUUGCUUUGCAUAUACUGUAUUAUAUGCUAUGAUAUACUUUAUUUUGCUUUUGCCAGUUUGAAAGGGGCAAGAAGAGGAUGGUCAUCUGAGAAGGUUACUUUUGUUCCGGGCAUUCACACUUUGAACUGACACAAUCUUAACUCUGUUGGCUUGAUUGACCAUUGUUAAACAUUACGGCUCUAUGAACAUACGUUGUGAUGUCAUAAAAACAAGUUAAAAAUGUCCAUCUGUCAAGUGAGUCUCUACUCAAGCUCCGCUGUCAUUCCAAAUGAAAUAUAGAAAAUAAAAAAACAAAAACGUUGA